CAGGUUGCAGUACUUCAGAGUUACUUUGACAUACCAACCCUGGUUCCUACAGCAACUGCAACUCAAAGAAUCCAGCAGGAUAUUUAUGAGGUGCUUGGAUUAAGCAAGACAAAUACAACAGUCAUUGCAGAGCUUCCAUACAGGCCAAACAUCUUCAUGUCUAUGAAAGAUUCCAAGGAAAACUUUGAAGUGGAACUUAAAUGGAUUCUUGAUCACCUAAAGGAACCUGAGGAUGGGAAAAAGAUGAUUGUGUAUGUUCGAUCAAUAAAUCUCUGUUACCGAAUAUACUUAUGGUUGACAACAGAACUGAUGGAUGUUAAUGAAGAACUUGUGAAACGGAUUCAAAUGUUCCAUGCAAACACUGACUCCGAAACGAAAGAGAAAAUAAUGCUGAACUUUGUUACAAAUUGCAUCAUGGACUCUGGCAUACAGCUUCUAAUAUCUACAGUUGCCUUUGGUUUGGGUGUCCAUAUCACCGAUAUCGAUAUUGUCAUUCAUUGGGGUCUUCCUUCAACAGCACUCGAUUACUGGCAAGAAAUUGGGCGAUGUGCACGAGAUGGACGAACUGGACAUGCAAUUUGUUACGUUUUCAAAAGUGUCGCAAAAUGUGAAGACAAUGCAUUCAUAGAAACAGCAAAAGUAGACAGGUGUAUUAGAGUGUGUGUGCUAAGUCAGUUUCUAUUGGAAGGCAUGGACAGAACUGCCCUGGACAAAUGAAAUACAAAUGAACAUUGCCCUGGAAUGUGUAUGGAUACAUGUCUUUAAGAUGUCAGUGUUGUGUCUUCUGUUUGCAGACCUGCACAUGCAAGAAAAAAAUGGACAACCCCCUUCAUGUGUUUUUUGGUAAGAAGUGAUGUGUGCUUCGCCACUUGCUGCAACUGUUGAUGCAUGUAUUUUUGCAUAUCAUGAGAUUUUGUGAUUUGUUCAUGUACUGUUUUCAAUACAUCAUAGCAUAAUGAAUAUCAGUACUAGUAUGUGAAAGUAAUACAUGUAUAUGAAACUCAUCAGAAACUUAAUUUUGAGUUUUGUUCCUUUGAAAUUGGGGUAAAACAAUCUACCAUCUACACUACCAUACUUAUGCUAAAUGAGCCCAAGUAUCACAGUAAAAUUGACUGAACUUUGUGAUAAAACGUGAGUGGUUGGGGAUAAAAUUUAUGCUCGUGGCUAUUCCUGUAAAACAUCUAUAUAUGUAAAUUUGAUCGACUGGCAUAUGGGCUUAUUAACAGAUGAAUAUGGUAGUGGAAUUCUACAUCUUUAAUUUCUUGUUAAAAAUAGUUUCUUUGUUGGGUUUAACACCCGUCGACAGCAAUGCUCAUGUAGACAUCUGGGGCUGGGUUAGUGGGGAUUUGUAUCGUUUAUGAUGCCUUGUUUAAAAGGAAAAAUCACGACAAUUUCAGAAUGACCAGUGAUUUGUAUUCAAAUCUUCAAACAAGAAACAUGCGAGAAAUUGAACAAAGAAAAAAAGCAUAUUGUUCUGUGUACAUGUGUACGGAUCCAGGGAAAUACCUGUUUUUCCUCCAAAAGCAAGAUUGCAGAUGAUUGUUUUUCAUCAAAUCAGUGAAUUUUUUCCAAACAACAUGACCUCUGUUCUUUUUCAACGUAAUUUUUCAAUUUUUUUUGUGGGGUGCACAUUCAAAAGUAGAGAAUGGGCUUAUCCCCCCGAAUAUGGGCCCUGCA